UCAGUUGAUUUAACUCAGCAGCACAUUUUUUUUCUUUGUGUAUGUGUUAUUCUAGCAGUCCUCUCUGAAUACUGGAGGCACUGGAUUUCAUGUCAGCAGAAGGAAUCGAAAAUUGCCGAAAGUGUAAUCAUUUAGAAAUGGUUACUUUGUAGGAUUUUGGACGAUACCGGGGGGAAGUUUCAAUUUGCUUUGAAAUGAAAGAAUUAAGUCGUGUUUUUAGCCAAAUGAAUUGGCAUUUUUAUAUUUAGGUAAUUAUUUCAAGAAUCAUGAUGAGGAAAAAUACGGGAGUUUAUUAGAGGAAUGCAUGUUUACACUCGAGGACGGGAGUUGCAUGUCCCUAUGUUGGUUCUGGGUUGUCUUGUGAAGACACUUUAAGGUGACUGGUCAAGGGAACGAAGUGCUCUGGGGAUCCUUGAGUCAUAGACAUACUGCUAGUACCAUGUCUACCACCCGAGGAGAAGGCAGCAGCCACCUGUUCAGUUUGCACACAUGUAAGUGGAAGCCGCAAGAGGACCUGCCACAGCAAGAAAAAACUGUCAUUGCUCAACCAAUAUUUGUUUUUGAAAAGGGAGAGCAAACUUUUAAGAGACCUGCAGAAGAUACCCUGUAUGAAGCAGCAGAACUCGAAAGUAACGGUUUUUCAAGAAAGCGUGUACGGUCUUCAUCUUUUACUUUGCAUAAUACAGAUUCUCAGACCCGAGGAGUCUGCAAUCUGCUUUUAGUGUCAACCUUGUCACAGAAGCCAAUGAGAUCUUCAUCCUUCACUGACUUCCCAACCUUCCCCCCUUCUGGGCCAGUGAGGAAAAACAAUGUUUUUAUGACAUCAAUUCUUGUGCAAAGUGAUGGUGAUAUAAACAGUGCACAACAAGGUCCCAUAAAACAUUCUGAACAUGUUCUCAGACCUGCUAUUUUGCAGCCACCUCAAGCUCAAAGCUGUGAAAAAGUAAGAAAAACCUUUAGACACAAUGCAUUGGAAUCCUGUAAGACUAAAGAAAAAGCAAAAAAUAAGAUUUCUGAGGAGAAUUCCUAUUUACUAAGUGAAAAUUUACCAAGUGCCAGAAUUUCAGUCCAGUUGUCUACUAACCAGCAUUUUUUAGGUGCAACAUCGGUAGGAUGUCAACCAAAUGAAGAUACGUGUUCUUUUAAAAGUUGCAGUUUCAAUUUCAUUUUUGGAGAAAACAUGAUAGAAAGAGUUUUGGACACUCAAAAACUCAUCCAGACUAAAUCUGAAAAUGAUUCAUAUGCCAAGGAAAAACCAUUCAAAUCCGCUCCACAACUUCCUAUCAACUCUGUGAAUUCAAGAACAAACUCUAUUAAAAAUACAUCCCUAAUUGAAUCAGCUGCUGCUUUCUCUUCCCAACCACCACGAAAAUGUUUGCUGGAGAAAAUCGAUGUUCUAACAGGGGAGGAAGCAGAAUAUAAUGUAUUAAAGAUCAACUGCAAGCUCUUUAUAUUCAACAAAACAACAGAAUCCUGGAUUGAAAGAGGCAGAGGAACUUUGAGGCUGAAUGACACAGCAAGCAGUGACUGUGGAACGUUACAGUCAAGACUAAUUAUGCGCAAUCAAGGCAGUCUGAGGCUGAUACUCAACAGCAAACUGUGGGCUCAAAUGAAGAUCCAAAGAGCAAACCAUAAAAAUUUACGAAUAACAGCUACUGAUUUAGAAGACCAUACCAUCAAAGUAUUUUUAAUUCAGGCCAGUGCCAAAGAUACAGGAUGUCUGUAUGCAGCAAUACAUCAUCGUCUUGUUGCGCUUCAAAGCUUCAAUAAGCGAAAAGAUGUCAAUCAAGCUGAGAGCCGGUCAGAAACAGUCCAACAACUAAACUGUGAUAGCUGUGAUGACGAUGAGGAUGAUUUCACCCAAGUCACUAAAAAUGAAUCAGAUCCUUCUAGGUGGACGUACAGACAGUCGGUUGCCUGUUCAUGAGCACUACCUACUAUUAACGUGACAACAUCUACAAAAGGAUUGGUCACCCUACUGAAAAACACUAAACCUUUCCAACUAAUUGAGAAGAUCUAUUCAUUCCUUGAAAAGUUUUUAUAGAAAGUUUAGGAACUAUAACUUGUUGCAAUUAAAAUUUUUCUUAUGUUUUACAUUUUGAUUAUAAUGGAGAAUAACAGAAUUUGACAAAUAAAAUGGACUUCAGUAGUUCAAAAUUUAUCAUUUUUAAAGAAGUUAAUUUUGACUAGAAUUUGGUAGCUAAUUUGACUAUUCAUCACAUUGAUGGAUAUGAUACUUAAAAUCAUCUAUUGCUAGAUUUGAUAAACAUCUAACAAAAAUGCUUAUUUUUUUUAGUCAUACAUUGGCCAUAAAAGAAAUAUUUUACUAAAUUUUCAGAAUCAUUUCUUAAAAAACACUAGAAUUGCAUAAUAACAUUUCAUUAAAUCAUGUUUAUCCUCCAGGAACUGUAUAUUUUCAUUUAGCCUUUGGAUUUCUUAGUAUAUAAGCUUAUAUAUUCACAAUAUGAAUUCCUUUAGAAAGAGCAUCUAUUCUUGGACUUGUCUUUAUUUUAUCGGGUAUGUGCUUGACUUAUGGUCAGUAUUCAAUAGUUGUUGAAUAAAGGAACAAAAUGUAAUAUAUUACCUAUGUAUCAAAAUGACAAAUAUGUUAACUUCCUGGUCUUUGCUUUAUGUAAUUAAA